AUGGCGAGGCUAGAUGUGCUGCCUUUGGAUGUUGAGGUCAACUCAGUACUCGAGUUUGUGAAUGAGUAUUCCUUUGUGAAGCUUACGCUGGAUCCGCAUGACACGGUCAAGGUCUCGAACGAGCGCUUGCAGGUGACUUCUCAUGACUUCGCCUCUGUGACUUUUCCAGAAUUGCCGUUUGGAGCAGCCAGAGAGCUGACUUUUACCAUGUACUUUACCGUGGAUGACUUUGGCAGCGAGGAGAGCGACCAGAAAAGGUUUGGCUUCAUAUUCAACUCGCUUCGGGUGUACUUCUCACCAGAGCAAGACAAUGCAGGCAUCGACAUGUUCCGCAAAGUCUUCCUUGACUGGGGCGAUGACGAAAAGCCGCAAUGCCACCAGAUGAACUUCUCCUUCUUGGAGGGUGAGCGGAUCCGCUGCGUCCUGAAUCUGUCUCAGGCCUCGCGAUAUAUAUGUAUAUAUAUAUACACACAUAUACAUAAGCAGAGAAGAGUUAUGCACCAGUUGUGA